AUGAAAUGCGUGUCGCAGUCCGGGGGGACUCAGACGACCUUUCGGGGGUGGGCUAAACUCAAGUACAUGGGUGAUGAUAUCGACGGAUUUAGGCGGUUGUUAUCCGGCUACAAGUCGACAAUCACUAUUGCCCUCACUGACGCCAAUCUCCGCGUAUGCUCUGCCACCGCCGAGACCAUUCGAAGCUACAAAGACCUUGUCGAGACAGCGCACAGUGACCUCGGGCUCACCUCGAAAGUAUCGACGAGAAAAUAG